GGACUUGACUGUCCAACUUUUUUUUUUUUUUGUUUCGUUUUUUUCGAUGACGCCGCUGAUCGGUUUCGCAUCAGACUUAGCAAUAGCUUUAGCAAUAGCAGGGUAACGUCGUCACGAUGGCACUGAGCUCGCCAGUCUCGGGUCGGCAUGGGCGACGCUGAGCGGGACGGCGGAGCCGCGGAGGCCGAGCAGAGGCCGCCGAGCAGCGGGGAUGAGAAGGUGGACGAGGCGCUGCGCCGCUGGAUGCGCUGGGACAAGAACGAGUGGACUCGGGCGCAGACGGUCGCCUUGCUCGGGUCGGCGAGCGUGUCCGAGCUGCAGCGCCGGUUCUGCUCCACGUUGACUUUUGGCACCGCCGGUCUGAGAGCGCCGAUGGGUGCAGGGUUUAGCCGCAUCAACGACCUCACCGUCAUCCAGUCCACGCAGGGUUUGUGCGCCUACCUGCUCAAGUGUAUUCCAGAUGCGGCCCGCAGAGGCGUAGUGGUGGGCUUUGACACCAGGGGGCAGCCAGAGAGCGGCUGCAGCAGUCAGUGGCUGGCGUCACUGACGGCGGCCGUGAUGCUGAGCAGAGAGGUCAGCGUGCAUCUCUUCUCCAGCUACGUGCCAACGCCGUACGUGCCCUUCGCCGUCAAGGAACUGGGCGCGGCGGCGGGCGUGAUGGUCACGGCGUCUCACAAUCCCAAAGAGGAUAACGGCUACAAGGUGUACUGGCGCAACGGCGCUCAGGUGACGUCGCCGCACGACGCCGCCAUCAUGGCGAGCGUGAAGGAGCAUCAGGAGCCCUGGAGCGCCGCCUGUUGGGACGUUAGGCUGGCGCAGCACAGCCCGCUGAGGAGCGACCCGCUGAGGCACGUCGAUGCCGCCUUCAUGCGUGCCGUCGCCAGCCUCUGCUGGCACAGGGAGGCCAAUUCGAGAUGCCAGCUCAAGUUCGUGCACUCGUCUUUCCACGGCGUUGCUCAUGACUUCAUCCAACGAGCUUUUGCCACCUUCGGGUUUGAAUCGCCGCCCAUUCCCGUCCCCGAGCAGAAAGACCCUGACCCUCAGUUCCCGACUGUGCGCGUUCCCAACCCCGAAGAGGGACACUCUGUCCUGGAGCUGUCUUUUCGUCUGGCCGAGCGGGAGAACGCCGCCGUGGUCCUGGCGACCGAUCCGGACGCGGACCGUCUGGCGGUGGCGGAGCUGAGCGACGGCGGCGAGUGGAAGGUGUUCUCGGGAAACGAGCUGGCGGCCUUGCUCGCGUGGUGGAUGUUGUCGUCGUGGAAGAGCACGGCUGGCGACGGUGCCGACCUGCGGGAUGUCUACAUGCUCACCACCGCCGUCUCCUCCAGGAUCCUCCACUCGAUGGCCCGGCAGGAAGGAUUUCAUGUCGAGGAAACGCUUCCCGGCUUCAAGUGGAUCGGCAACAGAAUUCAGGAGCUCACAGCAGAGGGAAAGACCGUCUUGUUUGCCUUUGAAGAAUCCAUCGGUUUCCUGUGCGGCAGUCGGAUUCCCGAGAAGGACGGCGUGAGCACGGCCGUCGUGGUGGCCGAGAUGGCGGCCGACCUCCGUGACAGGAAGCUCAGCCUCCAGCAGCAGCUGCAUAACAUCUACCAAAUGUACGGCUAUCACAUGUCGCGGACAUCGUACGUCAUCUGCAACGACGGCGUCACCAUUGGCCGCAUUUUUGCUCGCCUCAGAGACUUUGGCGGCGGCGGUGGCGGCCCGUAUCCCGCCACCUGCGGCGGGAUACGCGUCGUCCACGUGAGAGACGUCAACAGGGGAUUCGACAGCAGCCAGGCGGACAGCCGCUCGGUACUUCCCAUGAGCAGGAGUGGUCACAUGAUCACCUUCACGCUGGAGAACGGCGUCGUGGCCACGCUGAGGACGAGCGGCACCGAACCCAAAAUCAAAAUUUACACUGAAUUGUGCACCGCGCCCGGAACCAGCGUCGUGUCUGGCCUGGAGGCGGAGCUUCGGAAGGUGACGGACGCGCUGCUGGAUGACUUCCUGGAGCCCGAAAAAAACGACUUGAUUCGCCGCGCUGUCUAGCUCCACCCCCUGUCGUGAUGUCACUUGCUGUUCCGUUUCAUCGCGUACUCAAAAGAAUCGAACGGCAAAGCUGGAAGUGGCUACGGUGAUGGUGACAAAUCCAAAGUGAAUGUUUACAUGCGUGGAGCGUGAAAAGAUGAUUCUACCUUUUAUUUAUUUUUCUAACGUUGCAGCUUCCUGUGUAAGCAAACAUUUCAUGUGUCGCAAUAAAGCCGGCUUAGUUCAAAGGCGAAAA